CGUCUUUCCACAGCUCGCCCCAACCUGGAGGGGGGGGGCCUGAGUGCCCUCCCCCUUCUCUUCCCCCCGCCCAGCAGGGCUUCUAACUGACAGUUGUCGCCGGGCCCCGUCCGCGCGCCACCUCCUCCUGCCCGGGUACCCCGCAGGUAGAGAGGGGCGGGAGGGGGUGUGAGGGAGAGGAGGAGGAGGAGCCCGAGCCGCGGCGGCCCUGUGCUUCGGCCCCCUCCGGGGAGGCUAGAGAAAAUUCCCCCUUCCUCCUCGCCCCCUCCCAGCCCUUAAGCCGGCCCGGGGGGGGGUGGGGCGCCGAGGCCGCGGAGGCCAAGCCGGGCCUGGCGGGUGAAGAGUAGCCGGGCGGGGCGCGGAGGGGGUGAGGCAGGCGAGGGCCGCGCGCGCGCCGCCGCCGGGGGGAGGGGAGAGGAGGGCACCUAGGCUCUCCUCUUCUCUCCCCCCUCCUCCGCGCGCCAUGUAACCCCGCCCCGCCGGCGGCGAGCCCGAGACCCCCGCGCACACCGAGCCGAGCCGGCGGCUGAGGAGAGCGAGGCCCGAUGCGGCUGGGGCUGCGCGGCGCAGCCGAGCCCUGAGGAAGCGGCCCGCGCUCACGCGUGUCCCGGCGCCUCGAGCGUCCGCUCCACACCGCCCAAGCUGGGCCUGCCGGGGGCAUGAGCGUGCCCGGGACGCCGGGGGAGAUGGAGCCGGCCGGGGAGGAGGAGCGGCCGCCACCGGCGGCCGAGGAAGAGGACGACGACGAGUUGGUGGCAGCGGCGGCCCCGGCCUCAGGGCCGGCCCGAGGAAGGAGUGCCUCUUCGAGGGAGGACGCGGACGACCAGGAGGAGGAGGAGGCGAUGAUGGUCGGGGGCGGUGGCUGCAAGGAGCAGGAGCUGACCUACGAGCUGCAGCAGGGUUACCGCAUCCUGGGCGAGUUUCUGCAGGAGAAGCACCGAGGCCUCACCUCCCCCUUCCUGCAGCCCUUGGGGGGCGUUGCCACUGGGGAGGAGGAGGCGGCCGAGGGGCCGCGCAGCGGGGGCCGGGGCAGUCGCGCCCUCCGGCAGCAGCCCGGGAAGGGCAUGUGUCUGCUGAAGAUGGAGGAGAAGUUCGCCAGCGGCCAGUACGGGGGCAUCACCGAGUUCGUGGCGGACUUCAGGUUGAUGCUGGAGACGUGCUACCGCCUGCAUGGAGUGGACCACUGGAUCUCCAAACAGGGCCAGAAGCUGGAGAUGAUGCUGGAGCAGAAGUUGGCGCUUCUGUCUCGGCUUCGGGAGCAGGAAAGAAAAGAAGCAGAAGAAGCUAGUCAAAAGGAAGUAGAAGAAUGGGAAAGAAAACUUCUAGCUCAAGCAGCUCCAACUUGUAUGGAGACCAUGUGGGAAAUUCCAGCAAUCGGGCAUUUCCUUUGUUUAGCCCAGCAAAUUCUAAAUUUGCCAGAAAUAGUCUUUUAUGAAUUGGAACGCUGUCUUCUGAUGCCUCAGUGUAACGCUUUUCUAUCUAAAAUAAUGACUUCUCUAUUAAGUCCUCCCCAUCGCAGACCUACCUUACAUCGAAGACCUACUUUGCCUUAUAGAACCUGGGAAGCAGCACUGAGACAGAAAGUACAGCAGUGGUACAUGGCUGUAGGGCAGACUGAAAAUCCCAAUAACUGUGCUGAAAAACUUGGGUUGUGUCCUCAGUUUUUUAAAGUUCUUGGAGAAGUUAAUCCAUUGGAAGAAAAACCUUUUCAUGAACUACCUUUCUACCAAAAAGUGUGGUUACUUAAGGGUCUUUGUGACUUUGUGUAUGAAACACAAAAGGAAGUUCAAGAUGCUGUACUUGGACAGCCUAUUCAUGAAUGCAGGGAAGUUAUCCUUGGUUACGAUUAUUUGGAGAAUGCUUAUGUACAUUUCCCACAGUUCUGUGGUGCAGAUGUACGGAUUUAUAAACAGAGACCUUUUCAAGCCCCAGAAUUUCCAGUUCCACCCAUUAAAAUACAAAGAGUACCUCGGAUUAAACUGGAGAAAUUGAAGUGUGACUAUGUUAGUGCAAGUAAUGGAGAACAUAGAUGUAGUAGAGAAGGCCUGCCCUCUGCCUUCAGGAAAGAGCUGGAAAUUAGUUUUGAUCCAACUUGCUGCCCUGCUAAAAUGAACUUGGGUAAUCAUGACAUCUCUGUUGAAAUGGAAGUGAAAUCCAACUGUGAAAUUAGAAUUCGCAGGCCCUGUGAAAUGAAAAUAACUGAUUGUUGUAAAGAAAAUUUAGAGAAACCAGGGAGCCCAGGGGAAGUUACUGGCUUUGGAGAACCUCUCAGUCCAGGUGAAAUAAGGUUUAUAGAAAAUCAGGAAAAAUAUGGUGAAGCUUCCAGAGUAAAGCCUGAACCCAGUCCAUUAAAAGAAAAUGCUCUGAAAUCUUGCCAAAUACAUGUAAAUGGAAGUCACAGUGAUCAUCCAGAAAUUAACUGCCACAAAGUUGUAAGGGAUAUUCUAUUAGAACAGUCACUGCAGAGCCACAAGAAACUCAAAGUAACUAAAAUGAGGGCAAAAAAGAAGAAAAAGAAAAAAAAGAAAUUGAAAGAUGUUUUGAAUGAAAACUUACAAAGAAAGCGUGAAGGUCUUCAUUCCCUUGCAUUCAAGUCUUACAAACCUGAGAUCCAGAAUAAGUUAUUGAUCAUCAAAAAGAAAGCAAAACACAAGAAGCACAAAUCUGGAAAAAAAUCCAUAUCUAAAAAAGCAAUCACAAAGAAGAGGAAAACUGUCACAAAGUCACCUACUGUACCAGAAUUUCAGCUUAUUUGCACUAAUCUUGAUGAACUCAGGGAAUUAAUCACAAAAAUCGAGAAUGAACUCAAAGAUCUGGAAAACAGUAGAAAAAAAUCGGGCAAAUGGUAUCAUCGGAGGCAAGCUGUAAAAGAAUUGCAUAGUACAUUGAUACGUCUUUUAAAUGAAUUGCUGCCAUGGGAACCAAAGUUAAUGAAAGCUUUUCAAAGAAACAGGAGUCGCCUAAAGAAAGACUAUGAUGAUUUCAGAAGACAGCCUGAUCACGAUAAAUUUACUGGAGAACUGUGGACUGCUGAAGAAGGUGAAGGAGAUCCUGGAAAAGAAUCUCCAAAAGUAGAAGUCAGUAGCAAGUCUAUAGACACCACAGAACCUCUAGAUAUCCUGGAGAAGGAUCAUUUUGAUUCAGAUGAUAUGAAAUUGUCAGAAAUAGAUUUACCUAUGGCCAGAAGCAAGUUGCUGAAAAAAGAAUUGCCUUCUAAAGAUGUACCUAAGACACUGCCUAAAACACUUAAACGGCAGUCCAAACAAACUAAUUAUCUGGAUGAUAGCACAAAAGAGCUUUCCCCAAGGAAGAAAGCAAAGUUAAGCACAAAUGAGACAACAGUUGAGACUGUAGAAGGUGAUAUGCAAAUUGACUGUUUGAAUGAAUCAAAGCAUACAGAGCCACUGUUUCCAGAGUCAUUUGCCUCAUUGGAUUCAACACCAGUGUCUACUCUUCAGAAAGGGACCAAACCUAUUCAGGCCUUGCUUGCAAAGAAUAUUGGGAACAAAGUGACCUUAACAAAUCAACUGCCCCCUUACACAGGUAGAAGUGCUCCUGCUGUGGAAAAGCCAGUUAUAUCUCCUCCAGAAGCAAGCCCCAUAAAGCCAGCAUUGACCUGCCACACCAGUACAAAAGGUCCUUUACAGGUGGUAUACAAAAUGCCCUGUGGCCAGUGGUUGCCCAUAGAUCUUCAUAACAGCUCUGUAAAGAUUCAGAUGCAACCUAUGCUGGAUCCUAAAACAGGAGAAAAAAUCAUGCAGCAGGUUCUCAUUCUGCCUAAGAAUUUUGUAAUUCAGCACAAGGAAGGGAAAGCAGUUGCAAAAGAAACACCACCACUUCAACAAAAAGGUACAGAACGACAUGGUUCCUCUUUCCCACAGACAGCAAAUGUAAACUCUUCUUUAGCAUCAGUUCUUGUCAACCCAACAGGAACUGUUUCUACCCAACUACCUAAUACAGCUUUCAACAAGACAGUUACACCUUUGUCAAAUGUGAGUAAUGCUAGACCACAGCGUUUGACACCUGUAACCUCCAUAAGUAAUUUAUUAACACCACCAGUUAAGACUAGCCAGAGUGAGGCAGGAAAAGUCAGGAAUGCAGUUUCAGCAGCCGCCUUCCCCCAGCCCAUUGCUUCACCCACCAUUUCCUCAACAGUUCAGCCUCAGUUAUCAGCAACAACACUAAAUGGAUCUACAAAUCCCAGUAGUUCCCUCAACUGUUUUGCACAACAAACUGCUGAUUCUUCCGAAGCAAAGCAAGAACUGAAAACUGUAUGCAUAAGAGAUUCACAGUCAAUUCUUGUUAGGACACGAGGUGGGAACACUGGAGUUGUAAAAGUACAGACCAGUCCAGAUCAAAAUUCAUCCAAUAGUUUAUCUUCAAGUUCAGUUUUUACUUUUGCUCCUCAGCUUCAGGCAUUUCUAGUGCCAAAAUCAACGACUUCAUCAUCUUCUGCUUUUUCGCCAGUAGCUGGAACAACUGCUACAUCUAGUCUCCCACCUUUUGGCCAAGCACCUACUUCUGUUUCCAUUCCAGCUGGCUUUAAUCCAUCCACGGGGAAAAAUCUUAAAUUUACAUUAAGCCAACCUUCCUGCAGUAGUAAUUUGGGGCACAUGAUAGAUAAAACUUCACACAUGCCCUCCUCUCCCUUAAAGUCUUCUGUUUCUUCUAGCACUCUCCUACCAUCAACAGCAAAUAGUUCAGUAAGCGUAAUUAGCAUAUCAACAGGAAAUUUUGGACAAACCAAUGCAAAUGUUAUUCAUACACCAGCUAAACAGCAACAAGUAGAUUAUGUCACAAAAAGUUACCCUGUUACAAGAUCAGAAGCAACAGCAGCAAUAAAUGAAGAUAUGGUCAGUGGGACUCCAGUUCAGAAACUUAUGCUGGUGUCAGCUCCAUCUAUUCUUUCUUCUGGCAGUGGAACUGCAAUUAAUGUGGCACCUGCACCAACAUCUACAGGUGUUUCUGCCCAGAAAUUAGUUUUUAUUAAUGCUGCAAUUCCCAGUGGCACUUCAACCCCAACUAUUGUGGCAGAACCAUUAAAACAAACUCUUCCUCCUCCCUUGAGUAAAACAUAUGUUAAGGCUCCAGAGCAGCCCCAGAUAGUACUAAUUCCAUCUACAGUGGGAGCACCAAUAAAAAUAAAUUCGUCACCAACUGUGUCUCAGAUAAAAGAUGUAAAAAUUGGGCUAAACAUAGGCCAAGCAAUUGUAAAUACUUCAGGCAGUGUGCCAGCUAUACCAUCAAUUAACCUAUUGCAAAAUGUAACCCCAAAAGGAGAAGAAAAAAGUACCAAGGGCUAUGUUUUGCCACUGUCAACAAGUGGUAAUUCAAUUCCAGUAAGCUCAAAUUUUGUGAGUCAAAAUAUUACUCCUGUUAAUGAAUCAGUGGUUUCUGCUUCAAGAACAGUAAACAUGUUUUCAGUAACAGGAGCAAAUGUAUCUUUGGGUUCUCUUUCAGUGACCUCAACCUCUGCCUCAGUUGGGACACGACCUCCUGUUUUAGUCAGUGGAAAUGAUACCUCUUCAAGAAUUAUGCCUAUUUUGUCAAAUAGACUUUGCACGUCAAAUCUCGGAAACACUGUGGCUAUAUCAACUGUGAAAACAGGACAUCUUGCAUCAUCUGUUCUGAUUUCAAAUACACAACCAACAGUGUCUCCUAAAUGUCUAACAUCAGCUUUGCAAAUCCCUGUUACUGUUGCCUUGCCUACAUCUGUGACUGUAUCCCCUAAAGUAAUCAACACAGUUCCACAAGCCGCAACAGUACCAGGAGCCACACGUUCUGUAUCUCUUUCUAAAAGACAAUCUCGGACUUCCGUCCAGUUUCAGUCACCAGGGGUUUCAACUACAGUGCCAACAAGUAUAAACACAAAUAAACCUCAAACUGAAUUUCCAUCCCUUUCACCGAAUCCAGGUAAAAUAAUUAACAUUUCCAAUUUUGCUUCUCUGCCAAACCAGCAACUGUCCCCUGCUUUUGUAAAAUCAACCCCCAGUUACAGUUCUGCUCCACCUGGCACUGCCGUUCACACCGGUGCAGCACCAUCAAAUGUAACUAGUGUGGCAGGGGGCCAGUUCAGUGAGCCUUGUAUUCAGCAAAAAAUAGUCAUCAGUACCAGUACACCUUUGGCACCUGGCACACAAAUCAUGAUUAACGGAACCCGCUUUAUUGUUCCACCACAAGGUCUUGGAGCUGGCAGCCAUGUUCUCCUUAUAUCCACUAAUCCAAAAUACGGACCUCCCUUAGUUCUUAACAGUGGCCAAGGCAUUCAGCCUACACCGGUAGAUAACCUGGCCCAGAAGAUCACGCUAGCAUCAAAUAAUUCUUUAAGUGGGCAACCUGUGAAACAUUCUCUAAGAAGCUCUACAAAAAUUGUAAACUCUCUUGGGAAUGCAAGUUCUCUACCCACAGUACAUGCAGCACCACAGAUCAUAAACCCAGCUGCUGAAGUUUCUGUACCACCUCCUGCACCAACAGUGUCAUUGACUUCAGUAAUUAAGUCUCCUCCAGCUACUCUUUUGGCUAAGACAUCUUUGGUUUCUGCCAUUUGCUCUAGUAAUCCUUCACUGCCAAGUAGCACUUCAGUAUUUCAUUUGGAUACAUCAGUCAAAAAAUUGUUGGUCAGCCCAGAAGGAGCCAUUUUGAAUACCAUAAAUACUCCAGCAUCUAAGGUUUCUUCACUCUCUUCAUCACUCUCUCAAAUUGUUGUAUCUGCCAGUCGAAAUCCUGCCUCUGUCUUCCCUGCUUUUCAGUCAUCUGGCUUAGAGAAGCCUGACACAGCUGCAUCUUGAAUUUAGACUAAACGAGCCAGUUUUUAAAUAAUGGGGCAUUGUUUUGACUCCCAUAAAAAUUUUAACUUUAUUAUACUGUUGAAAACAUAUUAUACAUAGUUUGUGUAUGUGUGUAUGUGUGUUUUAAUGUAUCUUUUCAUUAGCUUGCAACAAGGCUUUGUUUUUCUUGGGGAGGGAAAAAUCUGUUCCAUUUCACUCAUUGGUAUGAGUAUGUUUUCAAAGGUUAUUUGUUUAAAAUAGACAGUCAGGACUUACCUGUCUAUAUAACAUGAAUUGAGCAAAGUCAAAUUUGACUAGUUUGGAGUAAGCUAGGCUUUUGCACACUUGCAUUGACAUGUUUCUUCUUGAAUUUGGACUGUUGCAGCGUGGCUCUACAGUAUGGUAUUCUGUGUCUUUAGUGGAAUCUUAUUUUUGUUUCUGUAAGAAAAAAUAUAUAUAUAUAUUUAUGCAUUAUGAAAAUGCAGUCCAUUGUGUAAAAUUGUACAUAUUCCUAAAUCCUUAACAACCUGUACUAAACUAUAUGUACAAAGAACUAUGCUGUCUUAUUUAUGUUUUGUUUACAUAAUGUAUAGUUUUUUAAGUAUUUUAGUAAUUUUGGACCAGUGAACUGUUAGCAUCAAUGCAGAAGAAUCUGCAUGUAAUAAACUGAGUUGCUGUAUUUCCUUGUUUGAAUACCAUUUUUAAAGUGUGUUCUUGUUCGAUUGAAAGACUAUCUGAUAUAAGAUGAGGACAGAUCUUUACAAAAAGGAAUUUAGGCUAGGAAAUUUGAAUUAAUAAUAGCAUUUGUACAAGGCUUUAGAAUUUACAAACUUAACUUCCACAUAUCUCAUUUGACUUUCACAGUACUCUUGAGAGCUUAAAUGAUGUGCCCUAGGUCACUCAGCUAGUUGGCGGUAUAGCCAGUAUUUGAACCUAAUGCUUAAAAUCAUUUCUGCAUAACUUUACAUUACUUCUGCUUUAAAAUUUCACUCUGGAUUUCAUUGUUUUAACUUUUUUCUCUUAAUCCAUCACCAGAUUCUACAUUGAUCAAAAUAAGUAAUCGUAAAGGCCAGUGUGUUUGGUCUGUGUUUAUACAUCCCGAAUAUGUUUUUUUAACUUUUUAUUUUUAAAUAAUUUUAGAUUUACAGGAAGUUGCAAUGAUAGUACAGAGAGGUUUGGGGUACCCUUCACCUAGUUUCCCCCAAUACAUUUAUUUUUACAUUGAGGGGUUGGUUCAUAGUUGACUGAUUUUCCAAAAUG